UCCCUUUUGUCACUUUUCCUCUGUUCUUUUUCAACUUUGUAUCCGUUGAAUCCCCAUUUUUUCUCAAUCUCUGAACUUCCUUCUUCUUCUUCAAAUUUCUCCUCCAAAUUUCCUCAACAAACCACGUACCAUUUCCCCUUCUUCUGCUUCUUUCCAUUUCUCCUUUUUUCGCCGGAAACAAUGGCGGUUUCCGGUAGCAAUUCGACCCAGAACCCUUCCGACGAAUCCCCCUCCAGUUCUUCCAAAGCUUCUCUAUCCAACUUGAAAAUCUACGCCGCGAUCGGUAUUAUAGCUGCAUGUAUGAUUGCGGCUUCUGCUCUGAUCUUCCUCUGUGUCCGUAGAAGUAGGGAGUCGAGGAAGCACAAAAUGCGGGUGAAGCAUAGUUCUGGAUUGAUUCCGUUGGUUUCCAAGGAGAUCGCUGAGAUUAAAGAGUCCGAUCGGACUGUGGAUUGCGAGAAAGGGGAAGUUAUUAGGGUUGAGAAUAAGAAGGAGAUUGAGUUCGAGAAUGGAGUAGGUAAGAAGAGUCAAGAAAGCGACGUGUCCGGCGGUGGUCGGAGUGACGUGUCGGUGGAGGAUCCAAACUUAGGGUGGGGACGGUGGUAUAGCUUGAAGGAACUGGAAAUGGCGACUGAUGGGUUUCUUGAAGAGAAUGUGAUCGGAGAAGGAGGCUAUGGUAUCGUGUACAGAGGAGUUUCGCCGGACGGUUCCGUCGUCGCCGUGAAGAAUCUUCUUAACAAUAAGGGUCAGGCAGAGAAAGAGUUCAAGGUUGAAGUAGAGGCCAUUGGAAAAGUAAGGCACAAGAACUUGGUGGGUCUAAUAGGUUAUUGUGCAGAUGGAGCACAGAGGAUGCUUGUGUAUGAAUUUGUUGAUAAUGGCAACUUGGAGCAAUGGUUACAUGGUGAUGUGGGGCCUGUUAGCCCUCUAACAUGGGAUAUUAGGAUGAAGAUUGCUCUUGGAACAGCAAAAGGUUUGGCAUAUUUGCAUGAGGGUUUAGAACCUAAAGUUGUGCACCGUGAUAUAAAGUCCAGCAACAUUCUUUUAGAUAGAAAAUGGAAUGCAAAAGUAUCUGAUUUUGGACUUGCAAAGCUCUUACAACCUGAAGCCAGCUACGUAACUACUCGUGUAAUGGGCACAUUUGGAUACGUCUCCCCGGAGUAUGCAAGUACAGGCAUGCUUAAUGAGGGUAGCGAUGUAUAUAGUUUCGGUGUUCUACUUAUGGAGAUCAUUACUGGCAGAAGCCCAAUUGACUAUUCCAGGCCCCCAGGAGAGAUGAACUUGGUGGACUGGUUUAAAGGAAUGGUGGCAAAUCGACGUGGGGAAGAGGUUGUAGAUCCCUUGAUUGAGAUUCCACCCUCUCCGAGAACUCUAAAGAGAGUGCUGCUUGUUUGUCUACGUUGCAUUGAUUUGGAUGCCAAUAAAAGGCCAAAGAUGGGACAAAUCGUUCAUAUGCUAGAGGCAGAUGAUUUUCCUUAUCGUUCGGAGCUUCGAUCGGUGCGAGAGAAAGAUAACUUGCCUGCUCGUUCAGACGUGCCGGGUAAACUUCCAUUGAAGCAUGCUGGUAUAGAUGACAUGGAAUCAAGAAAGAGAUAAAACUUAUUGCUGCAAGAAGCCAGUUCCUAGAGGUCAGAUUAUUUUGUACUAUACCUUGGUCCCUAUCAGUUUUCAAAGAUUUAAUUCAAGGCAGCGCAGUGUAUAUCGAUUAUUUCCCUUAUGUUUAUGCUAUUGAAUUGGUAUUUAUGCUUCUAUACGACAUAAGAAGUGAGCUUUUUUGUAUAUAGGAUGUCUUUUUUGUUUGAUAUGUGAAAUUUAUUCAAGGAA